AUACGAGAGUUAAUUCAAGCAGUAAGCGCCUACACAUCAUCCAAAGUUGAUAUCAUUGCAUACUCGAUGGGAUCACCGAUUACAAGAAAGCAGGAAACAGUUGCCCUAAGCAUAAUUUGUAAGGAUAGUCCUUUGCGGCAGCUAGCUGUUUGUCAGGCAAUUCCAGUUUUCCGGACGCACUACGAGGGGCGUCAUGUUUUUGCAAUCUAUUCACGAAAUGAUGAUAAAGUAGGAUAUUUUGUGUGCAACAAAGUGGGCAGUGCAAUUCGGGGUGCCGACGAUAGUUUUGAAGAAUCGGAUAUGGAUCACGGCGCCGUGAUAAUGAAAACUGUCAGAAAGCAGUUCAGUCUAGUCACCAAGCAUAAGGCUUCGUGA